CGCUUGGGAUGCUCCUGCCUUUUGGCCACUGAGUUGCGCUGCCCUGGACACUCGUAUGCAGGUCUGUGUGUGGACAUAAGUUUCAGUCUCUCGGGUGUACAGCUAGGAGUGGAAUUGCGGCGUGAAACUGCAGGGCCACACGGUAACUAGGCUUUUGGGGGACAGUUACCGCUUGACUUUGAAAUCUAGGUUUGUACAGACAUACGAGGGCGUGUGUAUUUAUGUUGAAAGUAGACGCACGUGUUAGAGGCCAUCUCCCUGUGAGCAUGCAGAUGCUGGUGUCAGGCUGGGAGGAGGCAGACGGACGCAUUCCCCACGUGAGGACCAAGCAGAAGUGGAGGCGAAAGCCAGCGUGGGCUGACCGUGGAGUGGCCCCAUUGUGCACGCGCGCAGGCGCUGCUGGGAUGGGAUGGGGCGACCUCGGGGUGUAUGGAGAGCCCUCCAGAGAGACCCCAAAUUUGGACCGGAUGGCUGCCGAAGGGAUGCUUUUCCCAAACUUCUAUUCUGCCAACCCUCUGUGCUCACCAUCCAGGGCGGCACUGCUCACAGGACGGCUGCCCAUCCGCAAUGGCUUCUACACCACCAACGCCCAUGCCAGAAACGCCUACACGCCGCAGGAAAUUGUGGGCGGUAUCCCAGACUCGGAGCAGCUCCUGCCGGAGCUUCUGAAGAAGGCCGGCUACGUCAGCAAGAUCGUCGGCAAGUGGCAUCUGGGUCACAGGCCCCAGUUCCACCCCCUGAAGCACGGAUUUGAUGAGUGGUUUGGAUCCCCCAACUGCCACUUUGGACCUUAUGACAACAAGGCCAGGCCCAACAUCCCUGUGUACAGGGACUGGGAGAUGGUUGGCAGAUACUAUGAAGAAUUUCCGAUUAAUCUGAAGACGGGGGAAGCCAACCUCACCCAAAUCUACCUGCAGGAAGCCCUGGACUUCAUUAAGAGGCAGGCACGGCGCCACCCCUUCUUCCUCUACUGGGCUGUCGACGCCACGCACGCACCCGUCUAUGCCUCCAAACCCUUCCUGGGCACCAGUCAGCGAGGGCGGUAUGGAGAUGCCGCCCGGGAGAUUGAUGACAGCAUUGGAAAGAUGCUGGAGGUUCUCCACGACCUGCACAUCGCGGACAACACCUUCGUCUUCUUCACAUCGGACAACGGCGCUGCCCUCAUUUCCGCCCCCGAACAAGGUGGCAGCAACGGCCCCUUUCUGUGUGGGAAGCAGACCACGUUUGAAGGAGGGAUGAGGGAGCCUGCCCUCGCGUGGUGGCCGGGGCACAUCGCUGCAGGCCAGGUGAGCCACCAGCUGGGCAGCAUCAUGGACCUCUUCACCACCAGCCUGGCGCUUGCGGGCCUGACACCGCCCAGAGACAGGGCCAUUGAUGGCCUCAAUCUCCUCCCCGCCCUCCUGCAGGGCCGGCUGAUGGACAGGCCCGUCUUCUAUUACCGCGGUGACACACUGAUGGCGACCACCCUCGGGCAGCACAAGGCUCACUUCUGGACCUGGACCAACUCCUGGGAGAACUUCAGACAGGGCAUUGAUUUCUGCCCUGGGCAGAACGUUUCAGGGGUCACCACUCACAACCUGGAAGACCACACGAAGCUGCCCCUGAUCUUCCACCUGGGACGGGACCCAGGGGAGAGGUUCCCCCUGAGCUUUGCCAGCGCUGAGUACCAGGAGGCCCUCAGCAGGAUCACCUCGGUCGUCCAGCAGCACCAGGAGGCCUUGGUCCCCGGGCAGCCCCAGCUCAACGUGUGCAACUGGGCAGUCAUGAACUGGGCACCCCCGGGCUGUGAAAAGUUAGGGAAGUGUCUGACACCUCCAGAGUCCAUUCCCAAGAAGUGCCUCUGGUCCCACUAGCACCUGCGUGGACCCAGGUCAGGCCUGGAAUCUCCGGUUGGCUCUGCAAGUGCCCGGGGGGAGGACGGCUCUGGCCUCGGUGCUCUCCCGACCCUGCCCAGGCCAGACAGACGGCACCUGCAGACACGGGGACUGCACGACUCCACCUGCCCAGGACCUGACCCUGGAGUGUGCUCGGCCCUCCUCCUCGCCCACGGCGCCUCAGAUCUCAGGACCCUCCUCCUCGCCCACGGCGCCUCAGACCUCAGAACACUGCCAUCUCACGCUUUUUGUGAACCCCAAAUAUCUGAGACAGGUCUCGGUCAAUUUAGAAAGUUUAUUAAGUUUAUUAAGGAUGCGCCCGUGACAGCCUCAGGAGGUCCUGGAAACACAUGGCCGAGUUGGCUGGGGGUACAGUUUGCCUUUACAUCUUAGGGAGACGUAAGAUCAGUAUGUGUAAGACGUACAUUGGUUCGGCCAGCCUUCCACUGAAUACAUGAUCGAGUCUGGCCCAGUGAAUCCGCAUUUUUAUGUUAACAAUAAGGGAGGGGAGCGAUCAGAUAAGCGUUUGUCUCAGGGGAGCCCCAGAGGGGUGACCUCCAGUUCCGUCUGUCCUUUGUCCACAAGGAAUUUCCUUGGGCACUAAUUAUGAGGGAGGCAUGUAGUCUUUAUCAUUGCAGCUAUGUUAUUUAGAAAUAAAACAGGAGGCAGGUUUGCCUAAUUCCCAGCUUGA